AUGGCCAAGCUGGCAGCGGCGCUCCUAGCGCUGAGUCUUUUGGGGGCAGCGGCCGUCCCCGAGUCACCUCUGAGGCCUGCCGUGGCGGAGAGAUUUCGCCGCAGCCUCGUCUUUCCCAUGCAGAGUGGCAUCGUCCAGCUGCUGAUUGGUUUCGGCACGCCCAUCCCCGUACCACGGAACGCGAUGACGUUGGGUUUGGUGAUGAAGUACACGUACAAUGUACCCGUCAACGGCAGCGUGUACCUGCAGCCUUACAGUCUGCUGGCGCGCAGAAAUUCCAGGUGGAGCAUCUACACUACCCUCAGUGAUUUCCUUACCAGACUGGGCAUUGAUGGCCGCAACUGUCUUCUGAGGGCCAUUUGCGAGGCUGCGGAAAAGCCAUUCACCAGGGUUGGCGGGCUGGCCGAAGACAUCCUCCACAUCCUGCUCACGCCGUCGUCCACGGUGGAGGACACGGGCGAGCUGCCGGAACGGGAGUUCCACGCUGCGGAGCGCCACGGCAAGUCCGACCGGGGCUGCGACCACUACCGACGCACCUGCGACUUCGACCUGCUGGCGCUCAUCAGCAGCCUCCACCACGACCACGACCACGGUAUUUUGAUUAACUAA